UAUAUUAACCCUUUGGUUCCCCUCAUUCGUGCUAUAUCUACUGUCACUAUUCCAUCAAAUCCGGGGGCAUCCUGAGCCCGAUCCAUCCCCGAGCUCUUUAUCACAGACCACUUGAAUACUUGUGACAACGCAUCGUCAUAGCUAACGAUGGGUUCCAGCAACGGCAAGACAACGAAACUUCCCCUCAUCCCCUUGCCCAAGGACUCUGUCCUGUUGCCAGGCGUCACACUGCGGAUAUCCCUGACAAACCGUCCGGACAUCUCCAACCUGCUAUCCUCUUAUCUGAACCGGACAACUGCUGUGAAACGGGAGGGCAACUCGAUCGCACUUGGCUGUGUUCCUCUGAGCUCGCCAUACUUGAGCAAAGAUGGAAGACAUCUAAUAGAGAACGGGGCUUCUGAAGACUCUCAGAAGCCUGAAUAUGAGGCUGUAGACCCUGGUCAGGCAAGAAAGGAGGAUCUGUUCACCUAUGGCACCAUGGCCAAGGUUAUCGGUGUGCAGCGCCGAGUUUACGCCGAUCCAUACCUCCUAGUCGAAGGUGUCCGAAGGUUUACGGUCGCAAGGGUUCUGAAAGAGAGACCUUUUAUGGAAGGCGAAAUUAUUCUUCAUGAUGAGCCAGUUCCGUCAUCCAAAGACAACGAAGUGCCGGAAUUAUUUAAGCAGUUGAAACAGCUUUCACGAGAGUUGCUCACAUUGUUGAGGCUUUCUUCUCUCUUGCCUUCUUCAUCGACGAGUCUGUCCCCAAUCAUUGCACGGCGUUUCGAGGCCUUCAUAGCGAAAAAGGAUGUCACACAGGCAGGCAGCCUUGCCGAUUUCAUGGCAGACAUGGUGGAGGCUAGCUUUGAAGAGAAACUACGUGUGCUUGCUGCCUUGGAUCUCAAGUACAGACUGGAGAGAGUGUUGGAGCUGUUGAGCAGACAGGUCCAAUCUAUCAAAAACAGCGUCAAAAUCACGUCCAUCAUGACCACCAGCUUUCCGCCAAAUUCGGGUAUAGAUAUCUCUCAGGACCCACGACAGCGCGAGUUACUGGCUAGACGUGCGUUAGCAGGGCUCAACGGACUGACUCCUCCCAGAAUGGCUGGUAGGGGGGAUGAUUCGGACGAUAAAGAGCCAAACGAGAUUGACGAACUGCAGCAGAAGCUUGAUGAGGCGCAACUAAGUCCGGAGGCCAGAAAGGUUGCGGAUAGAGAGCUCAAGCGACUACGAAAGAUGAAUCCGGUCAACGCUGAAUACGGAGUAUGCCGGACUUAUCUCGAGAACCUCGCAGAGAUUCCAUGGACCAAAGUAACUGAAGAUCAGCUGGGUGCCGACACACUUCAGAGAGCCAGACAGCAACUGGAUGACGACCACUAUGGUCUCGAAGGGAUCAAGAAGCGCCUUCUUGAAUAUCUUGCAGUGCUUAAGCUGAAGCAGUCCACGAACAAGGAUGUGGAAAGCCAGAUAUCGAAGAUCACGGCAGAGCUCAAUAAUUCGACUGAAGAUGAAGCGAAGAAUAAGGAGUCUGUCUCUGAGACUGAUAAUGAUGCACUCGAGACUAAACUGCAGGUGCUGAAGUCGAAGCGCAUGGUGGACAAAUCUCCAAUCCUUCUGCUAGUUGGGCCCCCUGGAACCGGCAAAACUAGCCUUGCCAGAUCUGUCGCCGCAUCUCUGGGUCGCAAAUUCCACAGGAUCUCUCUCGGAGGUGUCAGAGACGAGGCUGAGAUCAGGGGCCAUCGAAGAACGUAUGUCGCAGCUAUGCCUGGUUUGAUUGUCAAUGGUUUGAAGAAAGUUGGUGUUGCCAACCCGGUCUUCUUGCUUGACGAGAUAGACAAAGUUGGCGGCUCGAACUUCCAUGGCGACCCUUCGGCGGCCAUGCUUGAAGUCCUUGACCCAGAGCAGAAUCACAACUUUUCGGACCACUAUAUCAACAUUCCUAUCGACCUGAGCAAGGUCCUCUUUAUCGCAACGGCUAAUUCGCUGGACACUAUUCCACCACCGUUGCUGGACCGGAUGGAGACGAUCGCCCUCUCUGGUUACACAACGGUUGAGAAGAGACAUAUUGCCAGAAGACAUCUCAUUCCGAAGCAGAUUAGGACUAACGGACUUUCUGAUGGUCUGGUUGAGAUGUCUGACGAAGUUGUUGAAAAGAUAAUUACUUGCUACACACGGGAGUCUGGCGUGCGCAAUUUGGAACGCGAGAUCGGCUCAGUGUGUCGCUACAAGGCCGUGCAGUAUGCGGAUGCCAAGGAUGCAGGCAAACCAGAAACAUAUAACCCAACCGUGACUGUGGAUGAUUUGGAAGAGAUCCUCGGCAUCGAACGGUAUGACGAGGAGAUAGCCGAGAAGGAGGCUCGACCUGGUAUUGUUACUGGCCUCGUGGCAUACUCCACUGGUGGUCAGGGCAGCAUCUUGUUUAUUGAGGUAGCAGACAUGCCUGGAAAUGGCCGCGUACAGCUGACCGGAAAGCUUGGUGAUGUCCUGAAAGAGUCGGUCGAGGUUGCGCUGACAUGGGUCAAAGCUCACUCCUGCGAGCUUGGCCUGACCCAGGACCCUAAUGAGGACAUUAUGAAGAACCGCAGCCUGCACGUUCACUGUCCCUCCGGUGCUAUUCCCAAAGAUGGACCCUCUGCUGGUCUCGCCCACACAAUUGCCUUGAUUUCGCUGUUUACUGGCAAGGCUGUGCCUCCGCAGAUUGCCAUGACGGGUGAAGUAUCCCUCAGAGGCAGAGUCAUGCCCGUCGGAGGUAUCAAGGAGAAGCUCAUCGGUGCUCUGCGUGCUGGCGUCAAGACCGUCCUCCUGCCUCAGCACAACUACAAGGAAGUCAAGGAGGUUCCGCAGGAGGUCAAGGAUGGCUUGGAAAUCAUCUACGUUAAGCAUAUCUGGGAAGCCAUUAGACACAUUUGGCCUGAUGCCCACUGGCCAGGCCAGCACCACAUGAACAUGUUCGAGAGCAGACUAUAAAUACGAAAGAACAUCAUUGUGGUUCCCGUAUACGAUAACGCGCAGAUUGUACAUAACGGGAGCGUUGCUUUUGGAGUUGUUUUCUACCCUUAGUUCUUUUUUUUUGAUCGUCACUUUUGUCUAUUAGCUUUGGACAUCCCCUGAUGUUAUAUAUUCUAGCAUGCUUACUUAUAUUACGUGCAAAAUGAGCAUUUCCUAUCAACACAGCAGACAUUAAUUUGCAAAUAUAAUCUUUCUUUGCUUCUUCCAGCAUAGCUACAUGAUAGAGAU